GUGUUGGGAAGGACCAGGUGUAGGAGCCUGUUAUAAUCAUGGCUGCUCCUUUCUCAGACAUAGAUUUCUCCUUGCCAGGGUAUGUUCCUGUAUCUGUUUCUUUCUUUCCCUGUAUUUGUCCACUGUAAUGUUCAUUACCAUCAUCUCCUCUUCCUUCUCCUCUUCCUCCUCCUUCUCUUCCUCUUCCUCCUCCUCCUCCUCCUCCUCCUCAGAUCCUCAACUCUUGAAGACAGUAUUAAACAGUACGAGCAGGAUCUGGCCAGGAAGCUGUACCAGUCCCGGCAAUGGGCUCCUGCUCCCGGGGCCAGGCCAGCUCAGAUGCCUAGUCCAGUGCAGAGUCACGCCUCGAGAACCCCUGGGUCAGGAAACCAAUCCAGGUGUGCACAGCCCCGUCCCUGCCAGCUGCAUGCUCCGUCCUGUCUGUGUCCCCCAUCCUAACACCGUGCUCCCAGCCGUGUCCUUGUAGGGGUAGGGAGGAUUUAGCGGUGCUGGUGUUCAUUUCCCUAAGGUACCACGGACUACUGGCAGUCAGUGGGGAUGAUGGGGGGACACUGGGUCUGUCUGGUUGGGUGGGAGCUGACGUUUCUGAGGGCUGAACCCCCUUUUUCAUAGGUGAUUUAUAAUGUCCCGGUGGCAGCAGAGGGAUAAAGUGCAGCACGCUUGAGAACACAGAGGAGAGUAAAGCCCUGAAAACUCACCUACUCAUUGAGCCCUGGCAGUUCCCCUCCAUGUUCCUCAAUUUGGAUUGCUCUCUGUUGUACAUGGCACCUCUGGGAAGGCCUGCAGCAUCUCAGUGGGUAGAAGCUGAGCUACGGGCUCUGUUCAGCACACAUGACAGCAUGUGUAUUUCAGGACAGUAGUGUCUGAUGACAGCAAACCAAGCUGUUCUCUCCUGCUCUGUAAGGCUGUGUGCCUCGGGGAACCAAGGGCUCAUCUUGCCUUUCUGCACUCAGCUUCUUGACUGUGGUCCAGCUGCUGGGCACAGAAGAGGGCAUUACUCUCUUCUAGAGAAAGCGAUAUCUGAUGUCUUUUUCUCCUUCCUUCCCUCCUCCUUUCUGAGACAGGAUGAAGUCCCUUGAACAGGAUGCUCUUAAAGCCCAAAUGGUCAUUGCCAAGUCCAAGGAGGGAAAGAAACGCAGCACUCUGGAGCAGGUGACAGAGUCACCUUCGCCCGUUCCUACCCCGUCACCAACACCACUGGAAGAUUGCAGUCCCAGGAACGUCACUUCACCAGGAAGGCUGUCACCUGAUGCAGCUGAUGACCUCAGAUACGUAGAGGACAGAAAUAACUCAGUUCCUCAGGAGCAAGAUGGACAGCCAGAGGAGGAGGAAAUGCUAUUAACACGUGAUUCAUCGACACCAACUGCAUCUGCACUUGAAGAGAUGGCUCUGUACAGCAGCAAACGCAAACUCCGACACAGCCGGCGCAGUCUGGAGGCCGCUGUCCCAACGUAGACGAUCCGAGGCGCCUGGGCUUUGGAAUGGCCCAACACGGGGCUCCUGAACUUCCCGUGCUCCAGGAGUAGCACCAGACUGCCCAUAGCGCUGCCUCCUGGACUCCAGAUGGAACUGAGCACCCCAGGAGCGUUGUGGCUAACCAACUUCCUUCAGGCUGUGAACCGCCCUCUUUUCUCACCCAAUAGUGCACUGGGGCAUGUCCUAACCGAAAGGGGAUGACGCAAGACUGAUUGAUGGCUAACCAAGAGGAAGUGUGGGUAGGACAGCGGGCAGCUGCAGUUUGUUAGCCUGUAAAUACUGGGGGGAGGGGGGGGUGGACGGUAGGACAGGGAGAACGUAGAGUGUGAGUGUGUUGGGCUCCAGCUGUUAUUUCCUCAACUUGGAUUGUCUGUUUAAUGGUUAAUACGAGAGCUUCUACUCUGGUCUGAAUGAGAAGGAAGUUCCAGCCUUCACUCCUAUUUAAUUUCCAGUCUUUUGCCAAGAAGCAUCUUCUUCCACCUCCCACACUGUGUCACCUCACUUUCUUUUGGGAGUGUGUGGAAGCUUGGAGGCAAAAAAAAAAAAAAAAAAAAAAAAAAAAAAAAGGAAUUUUAGUGAAGUGCCUCCCUCUGACUCUGACACCUGCGUGCUCAAAAGAAGACUGAAUGAGCCGGAGCCUGUGCCAGCUCCAGGAAGCACCAGCUCCGUUCCAUUGCCUCUGUGAGCGCAGUAUCUGUCCCGUGUAGGAAACUGCUCCUACCUGCAGUACGUUCUACUGUUCUGGGAGACAGGUAUCUACCCCAGACACACACAUCAUUGUGUGCAUACAGCGUGAGCCGCUCUGCACACUGCUGAGUGUCAGAGAGGGACAGGUAUCUGUCUUCUGUCCACAUCGUAGCUGAAUGGGUGCACUGGGGCAGAAAUGAGAAAGGAGUUGAAAAGCUGUAGAAGGAGUGAUAGCAAUGUGCGUGUAUGGCAGCAAUAGCGGGCAGAAUAGCGGGGAAUUAGGAUACGGUGGCAGAGGUAGGAGGUGUAAACAGCAAAUAAGGUAGGGGGUUAGGAUUCAGGAAACGGGGAAGGGUAGGAAGUGGCGUUGCUGGGGUCAGGUUAGGACUAAUGGGGUCUUACAGGUAGGAUACUGGUGGUUGAGUCCCACUGGCUGUGAGAUGAUAUGUGAUGUUGUGAGGGUGCCCAGGGGGCUUGAAGGAGUGAGUGCCUGCCAGACGGGGAGCACGGUGAGGUGGAAUGGAUCUGGCUACAACCUGCAAUAACCACACAGUGCUGCUCUCUGCCAGCUUGUUGGCUUCGGGCCCCUGUCUGCAUAGGACAGGGCAAACACAUGCUUGUCCAAGCAAGAGGAAAAAAUAAAAAUGAAAAAGGGACGGGGGUGUGAUUCCUGGUUUCCACACAAGGGCCAUGAACAGUUUGCAUCCAGUGAGCUCUACAGAUGUGGAGGAGACUGAUGCUGCUCGUAGCUCUGAAAUCAGUCUCUGCUGCUCUACUGCCCACUACUGAAGUAAAACAUCCCUGUUCCUUUUUUUUUUUUUUUUUUUGUUAAUGGAUUUUGUUUGGUUUGUUUUUUUUCGUUAAUGCCUCCAGUAGAAAGAAAGGCAUCUGAGUUCAGCAGUCAUUGAUCUGUCCAUCCAGAUCCAUUGGUGCUCUCUGCUGAACUCCAGCAGUAAGGCCAGAGCUGAACCUUAACUGGGAUGUGGCUUGGGAGAGGCAGGCACUUCUGCUUGUACAUUUGUUGAAUGACUGGAUGAGUUUUUUUUUUACAGUUGAGCAUCCCCCUUCAUGCCAAAAUCCAGAGGAUCGUUUUAACUGACUUCAUAUGGUUUAAUUUUACAGGGCUCUGAAGGGGGAACUCGGAUAUCCCGAGCUGCAGCUACGGCUGCUUCCAUCAUCAGCAAUUUGAGCUUUUCCUUUUUAAAAUCUAAUUUUAGCAUAUGCUUUUUAACGAGCAAUUUUGGAAACAAUCUUGGAUUUGUUUUGGUGACUAACGUGAUUAUUUUUUCUUUCCCUUUUUGGGACCUGGUGCCAGGCUCUGGGUUCUCUCCCCUUCUCUCCUGAGAGACUCUGAGGGAAAAUUAGCGCAUCAAGACUGUAACUAGUGACAUUUGUACAACCAAAGAAAUCUAUUUUGUGGUUCAAGGAUAAUAAAGUUUACUUUACAUUUUAGAA